GAAUCAAGUUUCCCCUUCAACAAACAAUCAAUAGCAAGAGAAGUCCAACAGCAGAACCAAUCCUUACCCUUCCUCUUCUUCUCAACAACAUCCCAACAUAAUCUCUCUGACCCUUUUUCUUCUGUGGGCCUCUCUAUCUCCAACACCCCAUCAAAUUCAAACCUUUGCUUCCAAAUCAUCGCUUUCAGGAAUACCCUCUUCAUCUCUUUCACCUCAAUCCCUUCAAAUUCACACCCCCUCGUACUUUCACCAAUUUCCCCAACUGGGUUCUGAUCAAAAUCUGAUUUUUUUGCCUAUGCUUUUCUGAAAGCCAUGAAUUUCAGGAGCUUGGAGGAUUUCUGGGCCUUUUAUGUCAACCAGCAUUCAAAGCCAUCCACGAGGAGGUGGCACUUUGUGGGCACGCUCUUCAGUAUCUUCUUCUUGCUCUGUUCUUUUUUCUUCAGCUGGUGGUUCUUGUUCUUUGUGCCCUUUUCUGGGUAUGGUUGUGCCUGGUACAGUCACUUCUUUGUGGAAGGGAAUGUUCCCGCAACUUUUGGACACCCCUUUUGGUCGCUCUUGUGUGAUUUUAAGAUGUUUGGAUUGAUGCUUACUGGGAAAAUGGAUAGAGAGAUCAAGAGGCUUGGGAAAAGACCUGUGUUGCAAGUGUUCUGAUUUCUAGUCAUCGGAUUGGUCCCUUUUGUUUGAGGUUCGCAAUGACCUUACAAGAUUUGAAAGAACCCUUUUGAAUGGAAUCACAGAAGAUGAGAAGACCAACAAUUUGUCUUGUUACACUUCAUAUUGAGAACUUCUGUAUGUAAUUGAAUAAAACAAUCAUUAGAGUUACUGAAUUUCCAUUUGAUCAUCUAUAAAAUAGUUUCUUGCCUUUAAUAGUUUUUGGGUUAGGAUUGUAUAAAGGCCUUUCUUUGGUGUUCUUCCAAUGAUUUUCUAUACUUUCCCUUACUGGUAUCCAAAGAUAUUGAAGAGAUAUUUUGCAUGA